AAGAGCAGCCUCGUCAGCGUCCUCCUUUGGAAAGCAAGAAACGUUGUUUUCCGCCUCUGUUCGCCUCCGAAUAAAAUCCGCAAAGCCAUGUCUGCCAUUGGCCCCUUCCCGCACCCAGCGGAGGGCAAGAAGCCCGCCGCGCCGCCCGCGCUCACCGCCGACCAGCAGAAAAAGUACGACGAGCUCCUCGCGACUGUGAAGGCAUGGACAACGCUCCCGAAGGCGUCUGCCAAAGGCGCAGAAGAGGAGGCACUCGCAGACCCCGAGCGCAUGUGGCUUACCCGCGAGUGCCUUCUGCGGUACCUCCGUGCGACCAAAUGGAACCUGCCGAAUGCCACCCAGCGUCUGCGAGAUACCGUCAUCUGGCGGAGAGAAUACGGGACCGAUUCCUUCACCGCUGAUUACAUCUCCGACGAGAACGCCACGGGCAAACAGGUAGCCCUCGGCUACGACAACGAAGGCAGGCCGUGCCUCUACCUCCUUCCGAACAAGCAGAACACGAAGAACAGCCCGAAGCAGGUCGAGCACUUGGUCUACAUGUUGGAGCGCACACUCGACAUCUCGCCGCCGGGCCAGGAGACGCUGGCGCUGCUGAUCGACUUCCGGAACAGCAGUGCUGGGAGCCAGCCUAGCAUCGGCACAGGCAGACAGGUCUUGAGCAUCCUGCAGAACCACUACCCGGAGCGCCUGGGCAGGGCAUUGAUCACGCACUUGCCCUGGUACGUCACCACCUUCCUCAAGCUCAUCUCCCCCUUCAUCGACCCUGUCACAAAGACCAAGAUGCGCUACAACGAGCCCCUCACCGACCACAUCCCCGCCUCGCAGCUCAUGAAGAACGCCGGCGGCGAAGUCGACUUCGAGUACGACCACAGCGUGUACUGGCCCGCGCUCGCCAAGCUGGCUGAGGAGCGAAGGAGAGAGCGCACCGAACGCUGGGAGAAGGCCGGCAAGGUCGUCGGCGAGAGCGAAAUAUACUUGUGGGGAGGGGAGGAAGGCAGUGUCGCGACGGCGCCCACGCCGACUGCAACUGCAGAAGCGCCCCAGCCGACGGCUGAGGCUACGGUUUCGGCAUAGAAGGAGCGUAGUUCUUCCGAGCGUCGUAAAGCAUUUUUUGCGAGCGAAAAGCAUGAUAGAUUAUAGAUUUGGCAUUAUGCGGCCCUAAUAAUACCC